AUACACCAGUAGAUCCUUGUAGAUCCCAGUAGGUCCUUAUAUACCCGAGUAUAUCCUUGUAGACGUGCCCGGCAGCCGGCGGCCGCUAAAGAUGAAGCUGACCUUCAGUUUCCUGACUGUGUCCGUGGCUUUGACCGGCGCCACCAGCUUUAUCUUCCUGGUCGUGGCGGUCGGCACCAACUUCUGGUACAUCAUCGACGCCUCCAAACUGGAAACCGCGUCCAACUCCAGCCGGCGCCUCAGCUCCCACUCCGGACUGUGGAGAACGUGCAAAGUCGAGAGUAAAUGUUUUCCUUUAAUGAAUCCAUUCCGGGGAGGAAAUGCAAACUUCACUGCCUCGCAGAGACAACUUUUAAACAUGCACGGGACCUUUGUUGUUCUGCUUCCCCUCAGCCUCAUCCUGAUGGUCUUUGGAGGAAUGGUGGGCUUCAUUGGUAUUUUAGCGCAAGCCUACGCCCUGCUGUUGCUGACGGCAACUCUUUUUCUUUUCGGAGCCUUGGUGACUCUGACUGGAGUCAGUGUCUAUAUUGGAUACUCAGCAGCAGCGUUCAAGGAAGCCAUCAGUCUGUUGGGCAAGGACCUCCUGGAGGAUCUCAGUAUCAGCUUUGGCUGGUCCUUGGCUCUGGCCUGGAUCUCCUUCAUCGCAGAGAUGUUCACCGGGAUUGGCUUCCUCCUGGCUGCCAAGCUAACCAGCAUGAAGAAAAGGCAGGAGGAUUCUACACAACACUAAUGGGUUCUUGCAUGGCUGGAACUCGGGUGAAACAGGGGCAAUUCAGGUCAUAAGGUCAUAAGUGAUAGUAGAAUUAGGCCAUUCGACCCAUCAAGAUAGGAGAGUCAGGGGAUAUGGGGAGAAGGCAGGAACGGGGUACUGA